AUGUUUGUUUCCCGGGCAGCUGGCAGGUGUUUUCCCUUUUUCAAACUACUUAGGGAAAAUCAAAGCUUUAACUGGAACAAAGAAUGCAACUUAGCUUUCCAGGAGCUCAAGCAAACGUUAUCAACACCUCCAGUCCUUACCAAACCCGAACCCGGUGAAACGUUGCUAUUAUACUUGGUCGUUUCUCAGAAUGCAGUAAGCGGGGUCAUGGUGAAGGAGAAAAGAAGAGUUCAGCAGCCUGUCUAUUAUAUAAGUAAAGUAUUCCUUAAUGCAGAGACACGAUACACAAUCGCCCUCGCUUUGGUAAUAGCUGCCAGAAAAUUACGAUCGUACUUUCAGUCACAGCCAAUUGUUGUGCUCACUAACCAACCUCUUAGACACAUACUCCAGAAGCCGGACGUCUUAGGAAGACUAUUGAAAUGGGUAAUUGAACUUGGCAAAUUUGACAUAGAGUUCAAGCCACGACCUGCAAUCAAAGCUCAAGCUUUGGUUGACUUCAUAGCAGAACUCUCUCCGAAGAACUCGGCAACACAGGAUAACAACCCGAGCACGACCUUGAAAAUAUGGGAGAGAUUUGAAUUUGAGGCCACCAACAAUGAAGUAGAGUAUGAAGCCGUUAUCAUAACCUCGGAACUUGCAAAAAGCCUCGAGUUGGAGCAUGUCAAAGUUUUUAGUGUCUCACGGCUAGUGGUCAGGCAAAUCGAGGGGUCUUUCGAAAGAAAAGACGAGAAGGUGGCCAGGGCUGAUAACGUCAAAGCUGAUGCAUUAUCUAGACUCGCCUUUAAGGGUGUGGAUGGGCUCGAUAAAAGCGUAUACAUCAAGAGAAUUGCAGAACCCAGCAUAGCUCAAAAGCCAAGUGUCAUGGACAUCGACCAUGAGCCAUCCUGGACGGACCCAAUAGUUGAUUACAUAAGUAAUGGUAGCCUACCUGCAGACCCUCGGCUUGCUAGAAGCAUUCGGUAUAGAGCUGCUAGCUAUUGUCUAAUCGAAGGAGUCCUGUUCCGCAGAAGCUUUACACUCUCUUAUCUAAGAUGUCUCAAACCGUUUGAGUCUCUGCAAGCCUUGACUGAAGUUCAUGAAGGCAUUUGUAGAAAUCACCAAGGAGGCCGAGCUCUUACAUAUAAGUUGAUAAGGUAUGGGUACUACUGGCCAAGUUUAAAGAAAGAUGCUCAGGAUUACGUCCGAAAUGGGCUUGUCGAAGUAACCAAUCGGAUCAUACUACAAGACCUUCGAACAAGAAUAGGGGAUGCCAAAGGUGACUGGCCAGAUGAACUACCUUCUAUACUGUGGGCAUAUAGAACUUCACACAAGACAGCAACUAGUGAGACGCCCUUCAUGCUCGCCUUCAGACUUAAGGCUAACAUCCCAAUCGAGGUCAGCCUCCCCACAAUGAGGAAGCUCGAGAUAAAUAGGGAGAGACAAACUAUUGAGCACCUUGACUUGCUUGAAGAGGUAAGAGAGCAAGCCUCACUUAGAGCUGCAAGUUAUCAGUACAGAAUGGCGAAACACUUUAACAAUAAGGUCCAGACGAGAAGGUUCAGAGCUGGUGAUAUUGUUCUUAGAAAAGCAGAAGCUGCCGGACACCAACCAGGAAAGCUCGGACUAACAUGGGAAGGACCAUUCGAGGUCACAAGAAAACUAAAAGUUGUAGGAGCCUAUAGCCUUAGAGACACAUCGGGGAAGCCAUUCCCGAGGCCAUGGAACGCCGAUAAUUUGAAAAUUUAUUACAAGUAA